GUGGUGGCCCCUUUGAUCAGUGCGAUCUCUAUUCGGAGGUCUGCUGUUCGGGAGGCUGUGGCUGUGAGUUUAAAGCUAUCUUGUGCUGUUUGGUUGGAAGGCUCAAAUAUGUAUCAUGAAAAGGGAUUUUUCUCAGAAUUGAGGAAGCUGGGGGACUGAAGAACUUAAAACGGUAUUAGUUUGAAAAGAAAAGUAAUUUUUUACACCCACAGAAGAGAAAAUGAAGAAGCUGCAUUUCACGGUUGUAAUGUUAAUAAUACUAUCGAUGAUAAAAGAGGCACUCAAUGAUCCCUUCAUAUUAAAAGUGUCAAAUGGACAGUCCGCCACCCUGUACUGUAAUGAAUCCCUUCCAGCAGCAUCACAGGCCCAGUGGACAAGGAGAGGGGUCAGUGGGGAUAAACGUGUGAUUCUGACCAUACAGAAGGAUGGAAGAGUUGAUAAAGAAAUAGCAGAUAUACAGAAUCGUUUCCAAAUAAAGGACCGCUUCAACAUUCAUAUUGAGAGAGUUGAUCCAGCAGACAUUGGAACCUAUGAGUGUGGAGGACGGGAAACACAUUUAAUAGUACUGACAGAUCCUGCCAGUCGCACAGUGUCAGAGGGACGGUCAGUAACCCUUUCCUGUGGUGACUCAGCGGUUCUAGCAGGGGCAGGGAAAGUCAGGUGGACCCGGGUUAAUGGAAGCAUUUAUCAUUCUAUUCUGUACAAAGAUCCAGCAGGAAAGAUUGCAAAACAAACAAAUGAUCCAGACAAUCUAUAUCAACUUAAACCAGACUCAUCCCUUUACAUAAGUAAAGUAAAAUCAACAGACGCUGGGAGAUAUGAAUGUAACAAGAUCCACGUGGCUGAUUUAAACGUGCGGACCGAUCCUUCAAAACCAACAGUCCUGACCACACCUCCAAAGAAAGAAACGGCUACAAAUGCCAAUACUGCUACCUCAUUCCUGCUGGUUGUGGGAGUGCUGAUUUUUGAUAAAAUCGCUUUGGGUCUGUUCAUCCUGUGGGUGUUCACAAGGGCAGCAAUGAGACAUGUUCCUCAAGAGGAUGAUAAUUAAUCAAUGGUACAAUCUCUUCAAGCUAAUAAUAGGGUAUUUUUGUUCACUAUUAGCUUGUUUUCUUUCGCAUUUUAGUAACUGUGUGAUCCCUGUUUUUUGUUUUGGAGGUGAAGGGAUUAUCACUCCUCGUUAGGUAGGGAAUUUCAUUGUUUAGUUAGUGUCCAUCAUGGCAAGGGUUUUGUUUGAUAAUAUUCUGUGUGGAAGAUCAUAUUUUGUUACUUUUCGGUAAAAUAAACCUGUGCAAAAGCU